AUGAGUCUGUGUAAUAUUCAUGCUUUAAGUUCAAAAGACUUUGAGAAAUAUAAAAAAAUUAUUGUUAGGCCUUCACUUACAAAACUUAAAUUUGUAAGUGAUAGAUCUUCAAUAAUUUUAUAUUAUAUCUUUCUAUACGUGGCAUUGCUCGUUCUCUUUGUCUUGAGUAUAGAAUCAUUGCUUGAAAGAGCUAAUAAUUCACCUGACCAAGUUGUUGAUACAUCAGGCGAGAAGUUAAUGGUAGGUGCCAAGUACUACAUCCUUCCUGUCUCUGCUACCAAAGUUACUAGUUUUGUGCUUGCCAGAGUAGUAACAAACAAGACAUGCCCUCUUGAUGUUGUGGUUGGGGAGGGAUACCAUGGUCAACCAUUAGCAUUUACACCGAUUAACCAAAAGAAAUUAGGUACUGUUCAUGUCUCUACUGACCUCAACAUUAAGUUCUCAACUCAAACAAGUUGUCCCCAAUCCACUGUGUGGAAGAUUGACCAAUUUGAUAGGGUAACAAGAAAGUGGUUUGUAACAACUGGGGGUGUUGUGGGCAACCCAAGUUGGAGAACGAUCAACAACUGGUUUAAGAUUGAGAAAUAUGAAAAUGAUUAUAAGCUGGUUUUCUGCCCAACUUUUUGUGCAUAUUGCAGGGUUCAAUGCAGGGAUAUUGGGGUAUAUGAGGAUCGAAAUGGGAACAAGCGUCUAGCUCUCACUGAUGUGCCAUACAAAGUUCGGUUCCAGGAGGCCCAAUAA